AUGUCUCUCCCCCCAGCCCCCCAAGAUAUCUCCGCCCACCCCAAGGCCGGUUCAGUCGUUGAUCCCUCCGAUAGAGUUGCGAAGGAGUCAGACGUCGACAGAAAGAUUCGCCUCUAUGGUGUCGUUGAGGCUUUCCGUCAGGGCCGCAUGCCCGACAACGCUCAGAUAGACGAGACUCUCAACUAUGUCGUCGCCAACUCUCCAGUAGACCUCGACAAGCUCUCGCCAGAUGGUCGCAAACUCAUCCAAGACUCACGGGAAAUCGUCGAGACAGCGCGUCUGAUGGUAAAGGAGAAGAACGCCGAUGAGCUCUUCCAACAUUUUGUCUGGCACACCCGCGACGUCAGCCUCGAGAGCGCCAAGAAGGAUCCCUCGCAAAUGGCCCCUAUUGACCGCGAGAAGUUCACCGAUGAUGGUCAGACCGCCGUUCGCCACCUCCGCACCAUCCUUUCCCUCGUCAUGACCAACUCCGAAGUCCGCAAGCUCCUCUCCGACUUCUCACUUAUCGGUCGGGACCUCCUCACUAAGGGAGCCUCGAAGGGCGUCGAGCAACUUCGACCGGACCCUGACAGGCUUGCUCGCGUCGACGAGGCAGCUCCUCAGGAUCAGUUCAUUACCAAGGGAAAUCGCCCCGUCGGUCCGAAUGAAACCCCCGUCCUUGAGGCGAACGUUCCCGGCACCGAUACCACGAUCGAGCAGCACCCCAGGGCUGAUGAUGCUACUGUUAAGACCGGUAACGGCGACGUCAAGUCUAGCAGCGAAGCCGCUGCGGAAGCUCGCGACCAAGGCAGAAAUGUGCGUGGCGAUGCUAAAGAGCGAUUCUCCCAGGAGGCAUCCAACGUUCGCGACGAUGCUGCGGACACUGCUGACGCCGAGUCUCCAUCUGAGACUGAGUCCAAGAAGGCAGGGUUCAAGGACCGCAUGCGUGGCUACCGAGACGGUCUUUCUGAUCGCAUCCCUCAGCAGCACAGGGACCGCGCCAAUGACCAUUGGGAGCGUGGCCGCAAGUAUCUCGCCGAGGAAUACUUCCCCGAAGAACGCCGCGACCAGUUCAUCUUUCGCGGCAAGAAGGUUAUCAUUGAAUGCCAGAAGCAUGACGAUUACCAGGAGGCCAUCAAGUGGCUUCUCUCCUUUAUUGAGGAGUACGCGGGCCAUGGUAGGCACAUCGCUGGUCACGGCAAGGACAGCGGUGAUACCCUCACCAAGGACCCUGCUCUCCGCCAGGCUACUGGCGAGCUCCGCACUCUCCUCGAGCGCUUCGCCAACGGCAAGAGCAUGAACGUCGUCUUUGACGCUAUCAACGCUCUUAUCGACGACGCUCAGCGCGAUGCGGAGUUCCGUGCUUGGUUCAAGCGCGUCGACGCGUUUAUCCGCAAAUGCCUGCUCGAGGCUGGCUACGUCCUCGAGGAAGACUGCAACCGAGAGGGCGAGGAAAUCCGCCAGGAUGGCCGCAAGUUCUGGGACGACAAAUACAAGUCGCAUUUCGACAACCUCUUCAAUGCCGCACGGGUUGACCGCUGGUGGGGCUAA